UUUUAUAUAUUAUUGGAAAUUUUAAAAUGCGUUCCAGCGUUAUUGUGGUAAUCUGGAUUAUCUGUUACGUUAUUGUCGUCAUCACAUCAUUAGUUGAAGGUUUGAUUUGUUACGAAUGCUGGAAUGCAAAAAACGACGAAGAUUGCCGGAGAAAGGGAAAAGUCAGAUUGUGUGAAAAAUCGCAGACUGCAUGUCAAACUACAGAGCGUGUUGACUACGCAUGGGGACCUAUAACAAAAAUAACGAAAAAUUGCAAGCAAGCCAGAGCCUGUCAAAAUAAUUUCAGACAAAACAAAAGGAAGAGAAAUAAUUCACAAUGCAGAUAUUUCAAAAAUCAAUCCGUGUGUAGAUGUUGUUGCAUCGAUGAUUUAUGCAAUUUUGACAGCGAUACCUGCACAGGAGUGACCGACGCAAAAUUACUGCGAGAAAAUUCACCGAAGUGUCCAAAAAUUCGCAGAUUGAGAAACGGUGUCGUUUCGUGUGAUAGAAACAAUAACCCGGUUCAAACUGCAGAUUUCGAUGUAAAAAAUUUCACGACUUACACGGGCCAGGAAUGCUCCGUUGUGAAAUGGAUAAACUGGAGGCAACAUGGUCAGAUAAGAUGCCAUGUUGUAGCAAACCAUGUCCUCCUCAUGGAAACAUGGAUCUUGUAUUUGCCGUCGAUUCAUCGAUAGAAACGGAGGAAAAUUGGGAGAAAAUAAAAGAAUUGUUGAAAGAUUUAAUAACUACAUUUUUGGUCGGACCUAGAGAAAGCAGAAUCGGAAUUGUGACAUACAAUGAAAAAGUUGGGGCGGAUAGUGAAAUAUUUUUGAAUUCUUACAACUCAACAACGCAACUUGCUUCUGCUGUCAAUACGUUGAGAAGCCAUCCUGGUCCAACGAGAGGUACGAGGAUUGGACAACUUCUCGAUCACGUGAAUCGGGUUUCAUUUUUAAAAAGUAACGGAAACAGAAGAAGGUAUAGAGAUAUUUUAGUUAUGUUAACGACAGGAGCACCUUUAAAAGAAAAACUUGAUCCAAAAACAACAGCUAAGCUGUUAAGAGACAAUGGUAUAGAUGUAGUAACGGUCGGUGUCGGUUCAUAUGUUGAUAUGAAGCAGUUACGAGGAACUGCUGGAUUCAAAAAACGGCUCAUUGAAAUACCGGGUGGGGCUGAAACAAUAGGAGAAUCAAAAUUCAAAGAUAGAAUAAUAAACAUAAUUUGUGGGGAAACAUGUGAACGUCGGUGAUUAUUAUUUUCGAAACUAGAAAAGGUAUAUAAAAA